UAUGUUUACUUAUAUUAUAUUAUAUUUAAUUUUAUAAAAUAACUAACAGCAAGUUUAAAAAUAGUUGGGUUCAAUUAUGACAAUGGAUUGGCAAAUUGUUGUUUUGCAAAGCAAUUUACUUUUGAAGAAUUCAAAAAAAAAAAAACUAAUGGAAUGGAAUUUGAAGCAUAUGUGAAUAAUACAUUAAUUACCAAAAACUAUGAAGACGAAACGCUUAAGGCAAUGACGGAAGACGAAAAGAAACAUAUGGUACAAGUAGUAUUGGCGUACUAUGAGGAAGUCAUGGGCCUUCAAUUAGAUGAAGUAAAAACUCCAGAAGAAUUUUGUAAGGAAGAAUGGCCUGAAGUUUUAAAAUCGCAGACUGACCCGUCGCCUACCCAGUCAUCCUCUGACAGAGAUUUUUCUUUAGUAACGUCAAAAUUUCUUGUUAGUCCUUGGUGCAAAAACUUUUUUAAAAAAAAAUACAAAAACAAAAAAGAUCUAAACAUCAACAUGAUUAAAGUACCUGAAGAUAGCAAACUCACUAUUAAAGAUAUCGAAAUCACAGAUGAAGAUAGCGAACUCACUAUUAAAGAUAACAAAAUCACCGAUGAAGAUAGCGAGACUAUUGAAACUGAUCCAAAAAAAAAGAUGAAUUUUAUUACAUCUAAAUUGCAGCUAUUAAAAAAUUUAAUGAAUAAUUAUUUAAUUUAAUUUAAGUGCUUGUCAUUUAUUAAUUAUGUAUCUAAUAAUUGUUAUUUUGUGUGUGUGUGUGGGAGGGUCAGUGGGUAUAUAAAAUAUAUGGUUGUCAUAAAAUCGAUGAUUACAAAUUUAAAGUAAAUUGUAUUAAAAUUUUAUUAAAUAUAGACAU